UUUGGAAGAUUUCUCUAGGAUGGUCAUUAAAAGUGACACAUGUGUAGACCGUCUGAAAGAAGCAAUAACCAAUUUUUUUACAACCCACACUGUGUCUGUUGAAUUAGAAACCUUUACUGGACGAGUUUUGGGUAAAGAUGGUGAUGGAGGUGGUGGAUUCAUGAACAAAAAACAGAUGAAGAAGGAGAAGAAAUAUAUCAAUUAUACUUUUAUGGUGCUUCUAGGUAUCUUUGGCCUUACUGCACCAUUGGUUAUGAAAGUAUUGGGUCUUAUAGCUGCCCAAGCUCUGAUUUCCGCCAAGGCUGCCAUGAUAAUAGUCGGUUCAAUAGCGUUAAAGAAGAUUUUCGAAAAAGAUCAUCAGGGUACUUCGGUUAAAGUACAUAAAAUCAGUGCUGGCCAUGACGAUGAGUACGACAGAAUGGGUAAAAAUGGAUAUUUAGUGUACAAUAACAACCGAUUUAAUGAUUAUAGUCAUUUGAAUGGUGGUUAUUCUACAAACGAUGAUUAUUAUGGGAAUAAUAUUGGCAGUUCUAACGUGACAUAGGAAA